AUGGCUAGCGGCAACUCGCGUUCAAGCUCCCCCCCCCCUCUCGACUCGAUUCCUGACAAGCCCGAACAGCACAAGACACUUGCUCUUGGGGCAGCUAGUCUCGAUGGCAACCUGGAAACGAGCCGCUCCCCUGUCGACGCCUUCCCCUUGAAGAAGACGACGUGCGGCCCUGGUCCCAACCACGAGCGUGCCGGAAAUUACAGCGACGCUGUCCUGGCAGUCAAUGAAAACUACCUACACCUCAUGGAGUUUGCCGGAAAAGUUAUUGUAAAGCACCUCCGCCCCGGCUGUUGGAGUGUGCUGUCCAAGGGCUCUACCCAUAUAUGGGUGUGCAACCAUAACGAUGACGAUGUCAAUGUGCGGCAAGAAAUCAUACUCGAGGCUACAAUUCAGCUUAUCAACCAGUGUCGAAAAGGAGAUGCUACUCUGGGCCAGGCUCUCGCCGCUGAGAACUGGCAGGACCCAUUGGUCUUGGAUACCGUGUUCAAGCUUGCCUUUACUCCUGCUGGCUGA